CUGAACGAACCAGCGGAGAUCCGAGUCCAGUUUGAAGCGCUGGGGGUUUAAUUUUGAAGAUCCUGCCCAGAAGUGGUUCGUGCGUAAAACUGCUUUGUGAAUGUGACUGACUGACUGCUGCUGUCUGAAGCUCACAGCGUCUCUGAGCCUCUGAGGACAACUUCGGCUGGAAUCUUUGCUUCUUCUGCAGCAUCAGCUCUGCGUUUUCCCGCACGAUAACUGUGGAUCUGCGUGUCGGUGGGAAUUAAACUCGCGUCGGAAUGACUGAUGACCGAUGAUCACAAAGGCUUUCCCCACUGAUGGCAGUGAUGGAGAACGCGACGUGGCCUCACCAAUCAUACAUCCCUCAUUAUCUCCUCCGUGGUGACCCCUUCGCCUCGAGACUCUCCAGGGAGGCGGAUAUCAUCGCAGCGUUUUACAUCUUCAUCAUAGGAAUCAUGUCGACAACAGGGAACGGCUACGUUAUUUAUAUGACCAUCAAACGCAAGACCAAGUUGAAGCCUCCGGAGAUCAUGACUGUUAACUUAGCCAUCUUCGAUUUUGGGAUAUCAGUGACAGGAAAGCCCUUUUUUGUUGUAUCUAGUUUCUCCCACCGCUGGUUGUUCGGCUGGGAGGGCUGUCGGUUCUACGGGUGGGCGGGUUUCUUCUUCGGCUGCGGGAGCCUCAUCACGAUGACGGUGGUCAGCCUGGAUCGAUACCUCAAGAUCUGCCAUCUCCGAUACGGCACAUGGCUAAAACGCCACCACGCCUUUGUGUGCCUGGCCUUCGUAUGGGUUUAUGCAGGCUUCUGGGCCACCAUGCCCCUGGUCGGUUGGGGGAACUAUGCCCCGGAGCCCUUUGGCACCUCCUGCACACUGGACUGGUGGCUUGCUCAGGCCUCCGUGUCCGGCCAGAGCUUUGUCAUGGCUAUCCUGUUCUUCUGUCUCGUCCUCCCCGCCGGCAUCAUCGUGUUCUCCUACGUCAUGAUCAUCUUCAAGGUGAAGUCCUCCACAAAGGAAAUUUCACACUUUGACGCCCGCAUCAAAAACAGCCACAACCUUGAGAUGAAACUCACAAAGGUGGCGAUGCUGAUCUGUGCCGGCUUCUUGAUAGCCUGGAUCCCUUAUGCAGUGGUGUCGGUGGUGUCAGCGUUUGGCGAGCCAGACUCGGUGCCCAUUCCGGUGUCUGUUGUCCCUACGUUGCUGGCCAAGUCGGCAGCGAUGUACAACCCCAUCAUCUACCAGCUCGUGGACCUGAAAAACUCAUGUUCAUCCUGCUGUUUUAAAGUCAUGAAGAAACGUAGGCAUUUUAAAAAGUCAAGGUUUUACACCAUCUCCGGCUCUUUAAAGGACACACAACCAGCCAAAGAAGCUCACGUUGAGAUGUGAGACAAAGACUUUAGACUGUGUGACCUCCUUGCCUCUUCAGCGUUGGACAGCUUGCCUUGUUCCCUGCCCCCUGUGCCCUACACUAAACCAAUCACACGCUGCCUCUCAUCCGGUGUGAUGUCGUCAACCGCUCAUCCUCGUUGCUGGUGGUUCCCGAGUCUUGCAUCUCGGUCGCAUAUCUGUGUGCUUUUCUCAGCUCCCAGCAUCCUCUUCCUCGGAAACGCAUCUUUCCCACCCGAGGCUUUCCUUAAUCUGUGGAUUUGCGUUGUUUUGCAGUGGUUACAACAUACAGGUGAUGUGAUGUGUCAGUUUCUUGACUUCAUAUUUCAGUAUUACAGACACGCCAACACUGCCAAUGCUACGAAUCAACAAUGUUCCAGCAAGACGGCUCGACCCCAAAACUUGAAGUUUCCAACCAAAGUCCAUUCACAUCUUGAGCUUUCUUUUUUCUUUUCAAUACAAAGCUUGCCAAUUUUGAAAAAUUCUACAACAUUUUCAGAGGUCACGUGCUUUCAACAGUGUUUUGAAAGCUGAACUGCAAAUUAAAAACACAUCUUAUGAGCCAUCUCAGAUUAGGUUUGGGUGUAACUGUUAAGCUCAGAGUUGUAUUUUUAUUGUUUGUACAGGCUGUUGUCUUUUGUACUCCCACACCUGUUUCUUGUAUAGAGUAGAUUUAUUAAUAUGAUAUCAAAAGGCACUGGAUCGCACUUGCUUCUGUUCUUACUAGCUGUUACACUGCACAGAAGAUGUUACGCCAUCAGUGUAAUGAAGGCUGUGGCCUUGCAUUUACAGAAUGUCAUCAUUUUGCAGCAUUGAUGAAAAGCUAUGUAUUCCUGAGAUGACUCGUUACAAGGUUGUGACGCUACCAAGAAAACAAACACACACUUAUUGAGUGCACUUUACUUUCCAUUCGGUAUGCACUGAGGACGCUUUCUUGUUACACUUUUAUAUGUAGUAUAUUGUUGCAUAGAAGUGGCAAUACAUGUUAUAUUUACUUACAGAGACAACUCCUUCAUUUUUCUGUCUUUCUGAUGGUAUCUACAGUUGUGGCAAUGAGCACAGGAAGAAAUAUGGUUAAUUCAGGGACCAUUUUAAAUGUAUUUAUUGUUGGUUUGUCUUUUUUUUUUAACAGCAUCUAGUCCAGGAUGCAUUAAGAGAUAAGCUUAUUUUCUGUCUUGCCGAGAGCGAGAUGAAAAGAUCUCCUGAUGUCUGUUAAGUUUGAAGCUGUAACCAAGAAGCUGUUAGCUUAGCUUGGCAUAAAGACUGGUAGCAGAUGGGAAAGACUAGCAUAGAUAUGUGCAAAAUUUAAAUAUAUGUUCUUCACACAAUUUUUAA